AUGGCAAAAAGAACUAGCGGCGGCUGGACCUCGUGGAAGCCCCUGUGGAUGUGUGGCUACGGCCUCACACAGAGCACCGUUGGCAUCAUCGGUCUGGGGCGCAUAGGCCAGGCCAUUGCUCGGUGUCUGAAACCAUUCGGUGUCCAGAGAUUGCUUUACACAGGGCGCCAGCCCAGGCCUCAGGAAGCAGAGGAAUUCCAGGCAGAGUUUGUGUCCACCCACCAGCUGGCCGCUGAGUCUGAUUUCAUUGUCGUGGCCUGCUCCUUAACACCUGCAACCAGGGGGCUCUGCAACAAGGACUUCUUCCAGCAGAUGAAGAAAACGGCUGUGUUUGUCAACAUCAGCAGGGGAGAAGUGGUGGACCAGGACGACCUGUACCAGGCCCUGGCCAGUGGUCAGAUUGCAGCUGCUGGACUGGACGUGACGACCCCAGAACCACUGCCUACAAACCACCCUCUCCUGACCCUGAAGAACUGCGUGAUCCUGCCCCACAUUGGCAGUGCCACCCAUAGAACCCGAAACACCAUGUCCUUGUUGGCAGCUAACAAUUUGCUGGCUGGCCUGAGAGGGGAGCCGAUGCCCAGUGAACUCAAGCUGUAGCCACACGGGAGACACUGAGGCUAGGAGGCAAACGGCCCCGGGAUUCUGUCAGACGCACCCAGGCUUGAUUGGACCCACAGGAUGGGAGCCAAAGAAAAAAGUCUGAUGUGUACUGAUUCUGUGGAGGGAAGACUGGUGCUAAUGGAUGUGCUCCCACUUUUGUGGUUGGAAGCAUCUGAGCCCAAAGUGUGUAAUUCUAUUAAAUAAUUCUCUGAGA